GGGAAAGUAGUGUACUCUGUCAAGUGAGUAACAUGCUUGCAACAGGUCUAAUGCAACCUUGGUACCCUACAUCUGGUAGUAAGACGUCAAUCUCAACAUUUCCCGCUAAGAAAGCUGACGGAAAGAAGGACAAAAAUCCCGUGAAGGUUGUUCCAAAAAUUACCACUGCAGGUUUUGAUGCUGAUGCGACAACUGAGCUGAAACAAGCGUUAGAGGUAUGCUAUCAAUUAUUUAGAGAAGAGUGCGGGUAGCGGAAACGGUUAGCGCGGUGCCUGCAAGUGAACGUUCAAAGUAAGGUAUUGUUACUUGAUGGUCCGUGCCAGUGGAGGUAGCGAUGAGGACAAACAGCAGUCUUUUGUAUGAGAUACAACUACUGGGUGCGAUCAAUCGCCCACUAACUUACCGGAGGUACCGCUUUAUAUUUCGAUCUUGUACUACUUCUUUACCAACACAGUACCACGUGGGUACGCAAUACUUUCACUAUCUGCGUACUUGCUUUUUGCCGGUACCAUAUGACUUUUCCAAUUCCCAAGGUAUUCAAAACCGUACAUGGCCACAUGGUACACAGCCCAGACAUGUGUCAUAUGGCAGCCCAGACAUGCGUCAUAUGGCAGCCCAGACACGGAUCAUAUGGCAGCCCAGACAUGGGUCAUAUGGCAGCCCAGACAUGGAUCAUAUGGCAGCCCAGACAUGGGUCAUAUGGCAACCCAGACAUGGGUCAUAUAGCCAGACACGGGUCAUAUGGCAGCCCAGACACGGGUCAUAUGGCAGCCCGGACAUGGGUCUUAUGGCCAGACACGGGUCUUAUGGCAGCCCAGACAUGGGUUAUAUGGCCAGACAUAUAAGCCUUUGAGUUGCUUCCUUCGCCAUUGAGCUGUCAGUUGCAAGGGAAGGUGAUUACCAUAUGAGACAUACGGUGGCAACCAAGACGCCAUAAUAUGCCUUUGUCUUGGUCAUGUGUGAACUGCGUGGUUCUAUAGGUUCAACAUCAAGCUUGGUCUUGAACUUUUAGAUCAAGCUUGAUGUUAUCAUUUAUAUUUCAACUCCUUGUUUAUUUUAGUAUAUUGACUAUGCCUUGCAAGUGACGAAUGGUAAUGAUACGAGAAAUUUAGUUGCGAUAUCUGUUCGCCAUUCAUUGAUCAAGACGUGGGUUCAUUGCAAACAACUUCUUUCUCAACAAAUACCCAAGAACUUUGGAAUCGAUUCUGAGGUAAGAACAGGAUAAUAAAAACUUUAGGUCUUCUUGUUGGCUGUUAGGAAACGUAGUAAUUAAAACAACUUUUUUUUAUAGGAUGCCAAUAGUCAAGGACCAAUGAGUCGUUGUCUUUGCGCUGUAGAAAUGUUAUCUGUUAAUCUUUAUGGAUUAAAUGAUUUCUCGUCAUCGCCUACUUUACAAGAGGUAAAAUCAGUCUGAAUUAUUUUACACGUUUAAGAAAAACCAGUCAACAUCAGGUAGAAUUUGAUACAUGGUACAGAACAAGACCAUGACAACUAAAUAAGUUGAUUGAAUUUCUCACUCUGACGCAUUGGUGAGCGGAUUUUACAACAAGCUAUUGCCCAGUUGAUAGGGGGAUCCGUGGUAUAUCUACCAUUUUAACGUCCUUAUCCGAGAAGACGCGAAAGUCUAACCAUUUACAGUCAGUGUAAAGGUAGCACUUUCUCCUCAACUAUUUCAAGAUCUUGAGUAGAGAUCCGACCAAGGAUUCAACCUAAAUCUCCCAUAUCGAAAGCAAGCGUGUUGCAAAGCAAGCUGCGACAGUCGCCUGCUUGUUUUGAAAGCCCUGAACCUGUAUUAUAUGAUAACUACAGUGAAACACGCAAUUUGAUUGGUCAAUAGCCGUGCAGGAUCAGGCUAUCCUGCACGAGGAAUUAAAAUGCCUUCGCGGGAUUCUUAAAAUGUCAUUGUUUCACUGUACAUAGUUAUUUUAUAAAACAAUUACCAAAUGGUUUUCCAAGCAGGAUAGCGUGAUCCAUGCACUUCGGAUGUUGCUCGACUUUCGGAAAGCGUAAAAAUACACUCGCCUGCGGCUCGAGUAUUUUUACGCUUUCCAAACGUCUUGCGACAUCCCUCGUGCAUGGAUCACGCAAUCUUGCACGGAAAACCAUUCGGUAUUCCUUUGGUAGUUGUUUCAUCCUCUUACAAUCACUAAUAUUUAUUUGGCCAGAAAAUUAUAGUCCAAUGUAUGAUUGACUGCUCUUGCUUUAUCUAAAGAUGUUAACGUUAUGUUUUCUCACUCAGGUUGUUCGGUUGGCUGGCAACUGUGUGUGGAGUGAUGAUGCAGUGGCUCUAGAAAUCUGGAGUCGUUUAGCUGUACUUGCAUUUAAUGCGGGCAGUCAUACAUUGGUUAUGGAAUGUGGCAAGAAAGCUCUGGCGUUUGAUCAGGAAAAUAAGAAGAAAGAUAAAGGGAAAAGUAAACCAAGGUUUGUAGUUGUUUGUCUACAGUAAUUAGCGAGCUUUAGCACUGCGAGUUCGAGAUUUUGUUAAUUGAAAUUUUCAAUCUUAUACUUCUCUCUCAUGACCUACAUGACAGCUACCAACUCGGAUCUGAAUUUCCACUGAAAUCGUAACCUCUCUAAAACCCUAGUCAAACGAGAAUGAGUGUUGACAAGAGUUGACAAACGAGAGUUUGCAUGAGAGUUUUAAGGUCUGCGUUUUCUUGAUAACCGUGUCCGUAUACGCGGUAGCCAAGUCUGGACUUAUGCUGCUUUCCGUUUCAGCUUGUAAUAUGAGGUUCUGUCCUUGUUCUGUUCAGAUGUUCUGUUGUCUGCCUCAACUUCAAGUUUGCUAUCUUUCAUUUGACAGUUAUUUGAUAAGACGAAAGAAGGAGUUUAUUCGACUAGUCAUUUGAAAAAGUGUGUUGAAAAAGGAAGCACUAGCUGUGUUGGUUUUUUUUUUUACCACACUUGACACUUCGAGGUUUUAAAAUUACUAAGCGACUUCGAUUGUGUGAAAUAACCUCUCAAAGGAACCAGUAUUUCUGGUGAAGUUCAACCGUGAGAGUCGACUUAGUUCAUGGACGUUUAUUAUACGAAUACAACGACACAGCGGUCAUUCCCUUUGUGUUUUACCAGUGUCGUAAACGGUGGAAAGGAAUUUUUAUAUUCCAAAAAAGUGCCCGUAUAGGCUCUUUGCAUAAAAUCACAAAUAUGUCAAAACAAUUAGUAACUGGAUGGGGAACAAAAUAAUGAAACAUCCCAAUCACAACUGGAUCGUGCUUGGAUGGGACUAUUUUUUUGCGAUGUGUUAUGCCAACUUCUUAUUCAAGCCAACUUGAACUGUAGCACAUAAGUCAUGUAGCGUUUUUAAUUUAAAAUACUUUACUUAUUCAAUGUUUUGUUAUGAGUACCGGUAUUUAAACAUUGAAAUAUUUUUUGUUAGUGUUGAACACAACGAGAAAACAAAACAACAUUUGCUGUACUACACAUGCGUCAUUAUGGGACAAUCUGUUGUCAAGGUGAUGAAGGGACAAAAUAAGAUGAGGAGGGAUGCCUUGGGAUAUUUUGUGAAAGCAUGCAGGUUGGUUCAAGGAGUUUCACUUAUAUCCCUAGAGGUCUAGUAAGGGAUAGUAUUAUAACCUGCGAUACAGGAGAAAACCUGAACUAAACUAGUAAACUGGCUUUAUUUAUACUGAAUGGCUCUAUUAGUUCUAAAUUCGUCUCCCCAGAGAUCCAGUAAGGACCAACCCUUAUUGAUCUAGUGUUACUACAGGAGCAAACCUAAACUAAGCUAACUUUAAAAAUGAAAAUUAAAGCCCAGCGAAUGACUUUCAUUUUCAUUUCUUUUUUUAAAUUACGCUUUCCACCCGGUGCAUCAAUCGCUACUGUUUUAAGCUAACUUUACUUAUGCUGGAUAGCUCUAUUAGUUCUAAACUGUUCCCAGAGGCCCAGCAAGAGUUAUCCCUUAUUGAUCUAAUAUUACUGCACGAGGAAACCUAAACUAUAAAACUAACUUUAUUUCUCUUUGGUAACCCUACCAGACUUAAUUUUUCCCGACAGCUUGUUUAUAAACAUGAAGAUAAUUUUCCAAAAUUCUUGUCAUGAUCAACAAAAGUUUUUUCCCUAAAGUUUUGUAAUAAACAGAAGUGCAGAAUAAUGUACCCAAAGCAAAACAGCAGGUUUAAUUUUAAUCCAGGGUUAGCCCUAAUCCAGCUUUGAACAACCUGCCCCUGAUGUCGUAUUUCACCCUAGGUUUGGUGAGUUAGCGAAGAGUUAUGAGUUUGUAAUAACUGCAGCACGACAUUACUGGAAUACCGUCAUACCGCUCGCAAAUGAACCUUUGGAAAGACAGUUAUUAAAAGAACCUCUGCAAAUUGUCUUACAAUGUUUAGCGGCUGUCACUGACAAGAAUAUGGACAAGGAUGACGAAGUAAGUGUCAUACAGGGUAUGUUUUAUGUGUUUCGUUCGCCAAGGCGAUUGCAAGGAAACAACAGAUCAAUUUACAUAUUAACAUCUUCACUUUAAGCUAUGUUUACAUUGUAUGAAGUUACGGUUACCACUGAGUAAUUUUAAAAAAUACAAAACAAUGGACACUCCGAAAACAGUUAACAUUUUAAUUCGACGCAGUCAUCAUCAGGAAUGACGCUGCGGAAAAAUAUACAUGUUAUAUGAAAUUAUAAUAAUAGUUAAUAAUUAUAAUAAUUAUAAUAAUUAUAUAUUAUAAAAUAUAUAUGUUAUAUAUGUUACGGAAAAAAUAUACAUAUCAUAUGUCAUUUGAUCUUGUAUACAUAACAUGUAUAUUAUUUUCCCGUAGCGUCAUUCCUGAUGAUGACUACAAGCUAGUCGGAACGUCGAAUUAAAAAUGUUAAUUAACUGUUUCGUUCGCGAAAUGUUACGGCCCAAGUCCGUCCCCGCCCUUUUAUGCCGCCUCUUCUUGUAUAUAAUUACCAAAAAUUUGGCAGGAUGAAGAUGAGGAGAGCGAGGAAAAGACUGGGACUAGUUUGAAAGGAAAGAAAAUCAAAGGCAAGAAAGAACUUGGAAAGAAGUCUGGAAAGAAAACUGGCAAGGAAACAAAAUCUUUGAAGACGUGAGAAAUGUUUACCUUUAUUACCAAAACACAGAUCUUUCCUUUCGCCCGUUUUUUAGUCAAAACGUUCAGCAAUAUGACUAUAUUCCUAACGUCGAGAAAUUGACAAUUCGAACAUAAUUUGACAUUUUAGCAAUAGCGGGCGUGGGAAUAUAAUUGCAUUCCUGAAGUUUUUGACACGAGAGGAUGGAUACACAGUUUUGAUAAUACCUUAUCUUUACUUGUGGCUGAAAUUCGUGAAGAUGACUAAGCAUUUAGAGACUUAGCAUCCAUGACUAACCUGAUGACUUUUAAGUAGUUUUAAUAGUUUUCAAGUAGUUCAAACACAAACCACGGCAGGUUAUUGUAGAAGACCACCUAUACACUGGAUCCCCAUGUUUGAGAUAUCUUUUUCAGGUAGUUCAGACACAAACCACGACAGCUUAUUGUAGAAUACUACCUACACUGGACCCCCACGAUUGAUUUUUUUUUUUCAAGUAGUUCAGACACAAACCACGACAGCUUGUUAUAGAAUACUACCUACACUGGACUCCCACGUUUAAGAUAUCUUUUAAAGGUAGUUCAGACACAAACCACGGCGGCUUAUUGUAGAAUACUACCUACACUGGACCCCCAUGAUUGAUUUUUUUUUCAAGUAGUUCAGACACAAACCACGACAGCUUGUUAAAGAAUACUACCUACACUGGACUCCCACCAUAACCAUACUUAUAGUUAAGUCUAUAACUUUAAUUAGCUGACUGCAUGAUUUAACUGCGUUGCACAUAGUGUAGUUAGUCCGGUAGUUAACUAGUAGUAUGAAGUUUUAUAAUUAUAAUUAUAAUUAUUAUUCAUCCAGGUCUGAAUGCAAGCACCAGUGAACUGUGCAAGAAGUUUCUUUUUUUGUGUUACAAUAAAGCACGAAACAUGUUGUUUCUCUUCAGAAGUAAGAAAACUGAUGAAACAUUGAAGGAAACACCGAACCCAUCAAUUGUUGAGCCAGUCAAUGUCUAUGAAGAUGAUCUAAAAAUGAGAGCGGCGAUGUAUGGUGUUCUCUUUCAAGCCUUUGCUGAUCAGGUAAUUGGCAAUAAUCUUGAUGCAAGAUUUAACCCUUAAUGCAGUCACAAACGGGCUACAAAGAUUUGAUCGUAAAAGGCCUGGUGAACACGAUGCGAUUUUACUCGGCAGAGAGCCCCCUCCCAACCCCCCUCCCAACCCCCAACCCCCUCCCCACUGCUGUCUCCACCCCCCUCACCCCUACCUCUCCACUCCUCACCCGCUCCUCCUCACCCGCUCCUCCUCACCCGCACCCCUCACCCGUACCUCCUCACCCGCACCUCCUCACCCGCACCUCCUCAUCCGCACCUCCUCAUCCGCACCUCCUCACCCGCACCUCCUCACCCGCACCUCCUCACCCGCACCUCCUAACCCCCACCUCCCCACACCCACCUCCCCACCUUAACAAAUCAAGCUGGAUUCAUACCCACUUGUUUUAACAAUCGUUUUGUAGGGUGAAUGGGAGCAAGGACUGCGAGCAAUGGAUGACGCCGUGCGGGAUAUGCCAAGAACAUCACAUCGACUGUAUGUAUAUACAUAUAUAGCCAGAAAUAUCGCAAUUUUAGACAUGAAAAUCACAUAAGAGUUAAAACUCUCGUUUGUGUAGGCUUAUCUUCAAACAUCGAGUGAUCACAAAAGCAAAACUUGGCAGGGAUGUUCAAUUUGAUAUGGGGAAAUUUAAAGUAUGUGUAUAAAUUGCACAGCACCUAGCGUAUAUUUGCCAUUAGACUUUUAAAGUGCUCAUAGCAGGCGUCUAUGUCUUUUCCAAUUCUGAUUACUAUAUGCUUUAGCUAUUUUAACCUCACAACUAGCAAUGCAAUACUCUUUCAUUUAAUCUAAAUGUUUCUGUUAGAACGAAAGUGAACUGGUGAUUUCCUCGAUGUGGCAUCAUGUCGCGUUAAAUUCAUGCGAUCCCCGAGAACAACUGAAGGCUUAUCAGAAUGCUAUUGAUGUUUUACAGGUAUUUUCAAUAUCUUCCCUUCAUAUUUUCUUUUCAUUCAUCUCUUUACCCGCGAUACCUGCCUCUUGUCCUCUAACAAGGAUGUAUAAAAUUACCAGUAGGGUUUACACUUUUGUCCCACCCUAAUUCUGGAAGGGUCAUUCUCUUUUCCUAUCCAGGAGCGGAAAAUGUUGAGUUUUACCAUUACGAUUAGCAUUUCUAAAGCGUAAAUUACAUGUGGGUAUGAUCAUAUGCGCUUCACAUCAAUUAUUACGCUUAUACCUUAAAUUACAUACUUAGCCUGGACUAUUUUAUCUUUACAACAAUGGACCAUUUGCAUUAUAGACUAAAUUUGGGUCUAGACAAAAAUUUCAUCACAGCUUGAAAGAGCAUCACAAAAUUAGUAAUGUUACAAAGUUUCGUUGCGAAAUGUUGUAAAAUGCGGAUAAUAUAGCCUUGCGAAAUUUGCAAUUUUCAGUCAUUUUGUAUUACAAAUGGGAAAAAUUGAUGCCCCAACACCCGAUUGGGCUGUCGAUUUCCCGUGCGUAAUACAAAAUGACUGAAAAACGGCAAACUUCGCAAGGCUAUAUUAUCCGUAUUUUACAACAUUUCGCAACGAAACUUUGGAAUAUUACUAAUUUUGUGAUACUCUUUCAAGCUGUGAUGAAAUUUUUGCCUAGACUUGUCUAGAUCAAAAUUUAGUCUGUAAUGCAAAUGGUCCAUUGUGAUGUUACUUUCUUAACUGUGUUCAUCCCAUUGAACUACAAGUAAACAGGAACGAUAACCCCUAUGAUGAAGGCCUAUGUUUGGGUGAAGCCAAAUUUUGGCGUUCAAGUACAGCCUGUUCGCAGGUAUAUGUAUACGAAAAUAAAUACUGAAUUUUUCACGAAGUAUUUUUACUAAUUUAAUCCUUAAUUUUAACUUAUUAUUAACCACUGGAUGUGUGGACAUCCAUUAACAACCGUGUCUAAGAUUUUUCUACAUAAAUUGUAUAAAAUUGUCUCUGAAGUCUUUCUGGAAAGUCUAAAAACAAAGAAAAACCAUAAAUUUUCGCGCGGUUUUUUGCCGAGUUUCGUUUUGUUCAUGUCAUAUUUCGGCGGUUAAACAAUAUUUGCUUAUUUUAUGUGUUUUAGAUCAAAGCUGUGUUGUAUACAUGAGCUAUAUUUUUCGCAUCCAUUUUGUAAAAAAGGACUGGGUCUACUUGCAGAAACACUCAUGGCCGGCUUCAAAGAUGGCGGCCAAGUUAUCGUUCCAGUUUACUUAUAGUUCAAUGGUCUAUCCUAGCCCACCCUGUCAACUUUUCCCUGUGGGAGGAAACCGGAGCACCCAGAGAAAACCCACGGCAGAGCGUUGACUGACUCUUUUCCCCAUGCGUCCUUAGCGAGAAUCAAACCCACGAACUCAAGGUGAAAGGCGCUUGCUUUGACGAAUACGCGAACGAACCCCGUUUUGGAAACACCGCGGAAAAAACGUCUGCGCAUGCGUCAACCUUACCUGUAAUAGUAUUACGAACUUGAUGAGAAGCUGUUCCGAACGUUUCCGAAAGCUCAAAAUGGCGGUAAAAAGGAGUGACUUCAUUGUGCGUCUUUACAGCCAGAUUUCAAGCGCAAAAAUAAACAUGUCAUUCUAAAAACUAGGAAUAUAUACAGCCAGAAGGUUCAAGAAAUUGUAUUGUACUAGAACAUGAACUAAAGGUGAUUGUUGACAAAUUUAUCGCCUGAAACAUUUUGUUUAUCAACUAAGUAACGACAAUUUCCGAAUUUUCGUUUGAGAUACAUUUCUUUAAAAAAAACUGUGUCGCCAAAUAUAAAAAAAUUUCGUGUUCACAAUAAUUAAACUUUAGGAUUUAUUCUACAAUUUGAGUGGGUUAAGAAGCUUAACUUUUCGAGAGUUUUCUUAACUUUUGAGUUUGAAUUUUUGUUUUGAAUAAUUUUGCAAAAAUUUUCGAAGUCGUAUCCGUUAAAGUCAACAAUUUUUGAUAUGAAUUAUAUUUUAUUCCAUACUUUAAAUGCCAGGACGCUUUCAAUUAAUAUCUAGUCUACCCAUUUGCUAUAUUUUCUCGUUUGUUUUACUAAUUUUUGACCAAUUAAUAAGCAUGUUUUUGUUUUAGAAAUUGAUAUUCAAAUUCCCCGCCAUAUUUUCAUAAUAUGGUGCAUGCGCAGACGUUUUUCCGCGGUGUUCGUUUUGGAAGACCAGAGUGGCAAUUUCCUGCGUUUUCGAGAUGAAAUUCUUGCAAAGAGAAUUUCAAAAGCCUUUUUGAAAAUGCUAUUAUCACGAAUUUUAUUAUGUAAUAUUUCAAAUCCGUCUAUGAGGACUGGACUAGAUUUCAAGUCCGCGUAAUUUGAUAAUGUCCGAGGCGAAGCCAAGGACUGGAUCAAAAUGCGAGGACUUGAAAUCUAGUCCAGUCCUCAUAGUCGGAUUUGAAAUGACAUCUCAUAUGAAUAGAUCACUACUUAAAAUGAGGUGAAUUAAUUUUGAUCCAGUCCUAAGACUGAAUCAAUAUACUUCGCCAGGUAUCCAGUAUUGCCAUGUAAGCAAAAUAAAGUAAUAUGAUUGGCCAAUUUAUUCAUGAAUUAUUAAUUAGUUUGAGAUUUUAUCUUCCCUUUAUCCCCCCAUCCCUCCUUCCCCGCUUUUCUUCAUCCUCUUUUUCGAUUACUGUAUAUUCAUGCAGGAGGAAAAGAGCGACUGGCAGAAAGUUGACUUCCUUCUUGAACUUGGUGAAUGGUUAUUUGUGAACGAGUUUCCUGUUCAAGAUGCUGUAGACCAGGUGAGUGGAAUUUUGUGAUGAUAUCUUAAACUUUUGUGUUCCAGUUAAAGUAGUGUUUUAAAAUAAUGUGUCUGAACUACCUGAAAAAGAUAUCUCAAACAUGGGGCCCAGUGUAGGUAGUAUUCUACAAUAAACUGCCGAGGUUUAUGUCUGAGCUACCUGAAAAAAAAACUCCAGCAUAGGUGUCCAAUGUAGGUAGUAUAUUCUACAAUAAAUUGUCUGUCGUGGUUUGUGUCUGAACUACCUAAAAAAAGAAAAGGGCACUUUAACCUUUUGAUCGAGAGUCCCUUCGUCAGGAAUACGUUAGUAUUCACAAGUUACCAACAUGGUGAAGGCUCAAAACGGCAAAGUGUUUGCUGGCAUCUUAUUUCCCAUGAAUACACAGACCGUAUUUAAUAUAACUUUAUUUCUUUUUUGCGUAGUUUAUGAAGGCUGUCGACAUACUUAUCAACAGAUCAGAUCACAUUAAUGAACAUGGUAAGAUGAUUUACUUUUUGAUAUCAAUACAAUAGGAUAGGAUAUGUUUCAAUAAUUCCCGUUACCCUAAGCGGGCUAUAAUAAAAUAAGAUUUGCAGUAACUUGUAAGGAAUAUGUUCACAACGUUCACAACAGAUAGUAUUUCACCAAGUGUAUAACAGAUACUGGAACUAAAUCCUUCUCAACUUUCUCUUCAUUCUUUCAAAUUUCCUAUUUUCUGUUUGUCAUGCAGACGAUGUGGAAGGUGAACAGCAAAGCGAAUCAUCAUCAGGACCACAGAAUGGCGCUCAACUGAACAGAAUAUCGGACGUGAAAACACUGGACUAUUUAACACGUAUUUAUAUUAUGUUGGCUCAACUUGUGGGAAGGAAAUCUUCACAUUUUACUGAUUAUUGUCUGUUUGCUGUUGCUUGUGUUCAACGUAUAUGGAAGGUAUAUACAUAUUACAGCUUCUUUGCCAUCUCGUUACACGGGCGACACUGAGUUAAGCACGCUAAGUUAAGCCUGCUACUACAGAACAUUUUCAGGGUAUGGAAACUUUUUGUGUAAUGGUAAAUAUUAAACAUGGUUUUUACUAAUUCACCAUGUGGGAAAUCUAUACCAAUCAAUAAUGGCAAUUUUUACAUUCAAAAAGCCAUGAAUGGAAAGUUGAAUAUUUCCUGUGAAUAUCCCUAUGUAGGUAUCUUUGGAUUUCGCAGAAAUAUCACGUGACGGAACGAAGGCUGGUGAUUGUACACCCACUAAGAAAGGAAAUAAAAACAAGGAACAGAAAGAGGUAUCAUGGGAAUGUUACUUGCAUUUUAAUAGGAAGUACAUUGCCUUAGGUAUAAAGCCCCGUUUUUAUGAUUCAGACAAUGCUGGCGAUACAUUAGCUUAGAUGUAGAACGCGACGGCAAACAAACUCGUUGAACCAAAUGAUUACAGAAGAAAACUUGUCGUCUGUUAUCAUGCAUCGUAUGAAUAAUACUGUUUAAUGAUUGAGGUUAACACAGGGUUUAGUUAAUGAUUGAGAAAAUUUUCACUGGGCAGAUAUAGUUCUCAUGAAUUUAACAGUUUCCUUGUCUGUCUUUCAAACUUUAUACAUCUCUUUAUACUUUGAAUCUCAAAGUUCUCUAUAUGCAUAAAUAAAGUUUACCUUAUUGAAAGAUAAUUUGUUCCAGGGUAAGGGUGAAAAGUCACCUGGCAAGACGAGUCUUCCUUCAACGUUACACAACUGGGCGACAUUUGAAAUCCCAGAAAAGGUAACCUUAGCUUCUGGUUCAUCUUUCUAAAUUUUAAUGUUGUGAUGCAGAUGAAAUUUGAUUUUACUGUUGGCUAUACAUUAAUUGUAAACAUGCAGAAAUCAGCUUUUUACCUAAAUUGCGUAUAGGGGGGGGCUUAAUAAAGAUGCAUGAUCGGAUUUUGAGGGGAGGUACGCACCUCCCCUGAAAAGUCAUGCACCUCCCCCAGGCCUUAAAAUAUCGGUCGGUCACGGACAUUGUCGCCAUUCGUGAAAUUGUCCGACGCACAGAGGAAACCACCGGACAGAAUUGUCCGACCUAAGUGAAACUGAGGUUUAUUGUUUGUCCGACCCGAGUGUAUUUGUGUCCGACCGAACUGUAGCUUUGUCCAACGUAAAUCAAUUAUUACAUAAAUUAUUUAAUAUCUUCACAACAUUUACCGUUCAGAAUUAAUACAUUGUGCUGAUAUUCAUUUGUGGCAUUCAGUCUUAUUUCCGGGUCAAAACUGAACUGAAGGUCAUCGGACAUAUGUCCGACCCAAACUCAACGUCAUCGGACAAUUUGUCAGAUGGCCCUGUAAAAGAUAUUUAAGGCCUGCUCCCCUUGGGAAAGUUUCAAUUAUAGAUCAAAGUGGAAAUUUGAAAUUUUUUGGUUGCUUAGUUAGGGGGUCUACGCUUCGUAGAAAGUUUUUUCUGUAAAAUUGAAACAGUGAUAGCCAUUCAUCUUUGUACGUCAAGUACCCUUUUAAUGCAAUGUUUUGAAAGAAACAUUGUAGUAAUUGUAAUGAAGGCAAAAUUGGAUGAGUUGUACAGUCAUAAUUGGUUAAUACACUGAUACAUGUGUACACUACAUGCAUACGUCACUUCGUUGACUUUGGCCCGUUCUAAGCUCUAACUUUCCAUGGGGGUUGUGAGCUAGACUGCUACACCUCCCCUAAAUAUUUUUCCACUUCCCCCACUAUUUCCACCAAAAUCCGGUCUUAUAAAGAUGGGAAGUUUAUUUCUUUAACGCAGUAUGUAACAAAAGCUAAACGUGAACAUCUAGCCAAUCUAAGUAAUACAUGUGGUUUUCUUUUGUUAGUGGGGGGGGACUUAAUACGAUUGGACCCAUCAAUAAAGCGCUUGCUUGUCAGGGAGGACUUAUUUUAGAGACUCUUCAUUGCAUGUAUAGCCUUUUUUAGUGAAAAACUAUUUCAUGAUAAUUCUAUGAAAUUGUUUUAGCAGCAAAUGUUGUUUGUGUUUUUUUUUUCAGAUUGUGGAACAUUUUAAAAACGACGAGUCUGGAAAGGUUAUCAGCAAGACAUCAUUUACUCGUCCGGUAAGUGCAAGUAGCUUUUGUGGUAAUGUAGUAUGAUGUGAUGACUUUAUUUAUGCAUGAUAGCUCAUUAAGCAGUUAAACUGGUAGCCAGAGCAGCUUAAUACACCGUCCCGAAAUUACGUGAUGUCCCUAGGGUUUAACUUUGGUGAAAGAAACCUUGGUUUAGGUUAAUGAGUAAAACGGAUUGUUGCAAAUUUAAAUUCAGAAUUUAUGUUACUGUCAUAAGGCGUGUUAGGGUUUGUUGUUGUUGUUGUUGUUGUUGUUGUUGUUGUUGUUGUUGUUGUUGUUGUUGUUGUUGUUGUUGUUGUUGUUGUUGUUGUUGUUGUUGUUGUUGUUGUUGUUGUUGUUGUUGUUGUUGUUGUUGUUGUUGUUGUUGUUGUCGUUGUUGUCGUCGUCGUCGUCGUCGUCGUCGUCGUCGUUGUGUUUCACGUUUUAACGAUCCCAAAAACCAUCGCUCUCCGCUUUAGCAACGAUCUUGGUUUUCGAGUCUUUCAACUUGUUACUGAUGACAUAAUUAUACAAAUGUUUAUCUCUUAUAAUCGUAAAAACGUCUUAAAUGUUUCAAUCACGAAAACGAGGAUUUAUAGCGUGUAUUCUCAUUUUCUCCGACACAACGGAAAAGUUGUUCAUAAUAUACCUAGAACAUACCAGUAUUUUGUGGUUCAGGGACCGGUUGUUCAAAGGUGGGUUAGCGAUAACCCUGGGUUAAAAUUUAACCUGCUGUUUUGGUUUGUGUAUUUUUGCACGUCUGUUUAUUUCAAAACUUCGGAGAAGUAAACUCCUAUCGACUCAGCCAAGAUUUCUGAAGAAACAUAUAUUUCCAAAUUUUGUAUUCCAAAGGUCGUAGAUUCGAUUCCCGCCGUGGCCAGGCAUAUUUUUCAAGCUUGACCGGUGUGCAUAUACACUCAGAGCAACAUCACAAGCUUCAUUAUGAACAAGCUGUCAGGAAGUUUGCCUAACCUAGGGUUAAGCUAAUCGGCUUUCGAACAACCUGCCCCAGGAAAUAUUAGAGACAAAUUUAAAUUCAACUUCAACCUUUAAACUGUAUGCUAUCCUAUGAUAUGUGAAACUGGGGUCAUCCAGUGUUGGUCGCGGAGUUGAAUAUAAACCGUGAUGAAAUUUCUCAGCCAUCCAAUCUAAACGGACUUCCUUUAUCCAGGCUAUAUCCGUUCAUUAUUUAAAUGCAUUGGUGGAUAAUCUGUGUUCCAUUGGUUACCAUCAUCUAAGUCUGCCAAUCACAAGCUUGUUGCGGUGUCUGGCUAAACAUGUCAUUGAUAAUGAAGUCUUGCUAAAAUUAAUCCAUUGGAGGUUGGUGGAAAUGAUGUAUUCUCUAGUAUAUGAAAAGAUUAUCAUGCACAGAGUAAAGAUAUGAUUGAAAGCUUAGGAUUGUUAGGGAAGAAGAAGAAGAUUUAUUUGCUUCACUACAAUUUUACAAUCAUUCACUCAUUUAAGUACUAAUACAUGAUAUUAUUGAUUUUACAAAUAGAUUGAUUAACUCAAUGCGUUGAGUAGGAAUAUACAUAAUCAGGAUUGAAGCCGGCUCUCCAAAAUAACCAGUAGGCUAAUCAGAGCUGGAGGCCAAAAAUACCGAAUAAUAAUAAAAGAAAUUAAUAGAGUAGGAUAUUAAGAACCAAAAAAGAAAAAAAAGAAAUAAAAUAAAAGACUACUUUCUGAAAUAUUUAAAAAAAAAAAAACAAACAAAAAAAGUUAAUACGAAUCAAUAAAAUUAGCUGUAAGUUUUCGUUUGAGCUAAGUAAAUCCGAAGAUCCGAAGCUUUCUUGACUUUCUUAUACUGGCAUAGACCGUGCAAGAUAAAUAUAUGAAUCGGUUGUAUUUUCAUUUAAAAACAAUUUAACACUUACAUUGCCGAUAUGCACGCUAAAGGCCCUGUCACACUAUUGCGUAUGAGAGAAACGUAUGAGCAGCGUAUGAAAAUUAAUGAAAUAAUUUUCAUACGCACAAAAAUCCUUUGAAAUGCCAGCGUAUGAGUACCGUACAUCUGGCGUACCUCUAGCGUAUUCAGCGUGUGCCUAAAGUAUGCUUAUCGUAUAAAGCAUACGUCCAAUACGCACAAAAUUUUUGAACAUGCUUAAAAAAAAUUUUCUGCCUCGCCGUAUGCCAGCGUAUGCCACCGUAUGCGACCGUGCUUGAAGCCCGUUUACACUACGCUCAAUUUUUGGUACGGCACGGAUAAAAUUGGUACCCGUACCACUUUUUUGGUUCUUGGACUACCUAUUUAGGUAGUCCAAGAACCAAGAAGUGGUACGGUACCAAAAAUUGAUUGUAGUGUAAACGGGGCUUAGCUAAAUAGCUGGUCCAAGAACAAAAAAAGUGGUACGGGUACCAAUUUUAUCCGUGCCGUACCAAAAAUUGAGCGUAGUGUAAACGGGGCUUGAAACGUAUACAACCUAUGCCUAACGUACCCCUAGCGUAUAUCAGCGUAUACCGGCGUGUGAGUGAUAUUUUUCAUACGCUGGCAUACGCUAGUACGAUACGCAAUAGUGUGACAGGGCCUUAACCUGGUUUAGAAUACACAUAUGACUAUAAUUAAUCUUUCUUUAUCGAAAAUUGUAAAAUACGAUAUUGUGAAAUGUUAACCGUUUUACAAAAUUAUAAAGUAUAGAAAUACUAUCCAGCACAGACACAAACUAUUUUUGUAGGACGAUGGAAAUCUGUCAAGAUUUACACCUGCUGGAAGAUGCAAUGUAUCACGAAAGAAUUGCGAAAGAUUUUGAAAACCAAAAAGACGAAAUGGCUAAGUAAGUUCACAUGUUUGAAUAAUAAACUAAACUAACUUCUAGUGAAUGGCUCUAUCAAUUCUAAACUUCCCACAGGUCUAGUAAGGGCCAUCCUUUAUUGCCUUAUUGAUCCAGUAUUAUAGGAAACUUUAGAAAUGUUGGCUUAACAGAGAGGGGUGGGCGUAUUAGAGGGAACUUAUUAGAGAGGGGCUGUUAAUAGAAAGGGGGCACUGGAAAAAUUGAAAAUCCAUUUAAUGGAAAUUGUAUAUUUCCAAACUAUGGAUGGAGUAUCGAAAAAGUAUGGAUAUACUAUGGAUUUAGUGGUGCAAUUGCAAAUGUCAUAGUAUGGAUUUCACUUCUUAGUAGAAGAGUAGAAAGAAAGGGCUUAAUAGAGAGGUGAUGACUCAAAAGAGAGCGUGUAGCUUAGUAGAUAGAGGGUUUAUUUGAGAGGUGAUGACUCGACAGAGAGGAGGCAGUUUACCGGGCGUGGCUUAAUAGAGAGGCAUUUAACGGGAGAGGGGCUUAAUACUUAGGUGAUGGCUCAAAAGAGAGCGUGUAGCUUAGUAGAUAGAGGGCUUAUUUGAGAUGUGAUGACUCGACAGAGAGGGGGUAGCUUACGGGGCGUGGCUUAAUAGAGAGGCAUUUAACGGGAGGGGGGCUUAAUACAUAGAUGAUGACUCAAAAGAGAGCGUGUAGCUUAGUAGAUAGAGGGCUUAUUUGAGAUGUGAUGACUCGACAGAGAGGGGGUAGCUUACGGGGCGUGGCUUAAUAGAGAAGCAUUUAACGGGAGGGGGCUUAAUACAUAGGUGAUGACUCAAAAGAGAGGGGGUAGCUUAGUAGAUAGAGGGCUUAUUUGAGAGGUGAUGACUGGGCAUAGAGGAGGUAGAUUACGGGGUGUGGCUUAAUAGAGAGGGGGCGUAAAGGGAAGGGGAUUAAAAGAGGGGUUUAACGGGAGGGGGCUUAAUACAUAGGUGAUGACUCAAAAGAGAGGGGGUAGCUUAGUAGAUAGAGGGCUUAUUUGAGAGGUGAUGACUGGGCAUAGAGGAGGUAGAUUACGGGGUGUGGCUUAAUAGAGAGGGGGCGUAAAGGGAAGGGGAUUAAAAGAGAGGGGGCUUCAAGGCUUACCGAAGUUUUACUGUAUGUCUUCUUCCCAUCAGGUCCAGAGAAGAAAUUGAACUUUGGAAGGAAAAACAGCGUCAGGUUAAGAAAGAAGAAGAGAAUGUCAGAGCGUCAGCAAACAUGGAGUCGAAAGACGAAACCAGAAAAACUACCGAUCAUGCAACUGUAGUAGAAAAUAAUAACUGGAUGUCAGGAAGACAAGAAAUACAUCAGAUUGAGAGAAGGGAAAUAUGGAUACAACAAGCAGCCAUUUUUAUUAAACAGGUAUAUGUAUAUAACACGAUAGAAAUAGCAUGCAUGUUCUUCUCAGUUAUUAAAGAUUUGCCUUCACAAGAUGUCGAAUUAUGGGGGCACGUAUGAAAAAAAGUGGAGACUAUGACUAUUGCUAUCUCUAUUGGCCUCAGGAAUAUACAGAGUUGACUCUCUAUUAAAAAUACACACUAAAUGGCCAGAUUGGAGAAGUGCAUAACCUAACGAUCAUGCUAUCGACGGCAGAAAACAAAACCGAGCCAAAAAAAUACAUUACUAAACUUUUAAACAACCCUGAAAUUCCCUGAAGUAUAUCAAUAGUAAGUGAAUUCACAUAAAACACCCCAAACGACUUGAACGUUUUACUGUGUUGGCGUGGAUCACGAACCGUGAAAAUGUGUAAAUAACGUAGCAGUUUGAACAAGGGAAUGCAAAUUAUAGUCACCUUUUACUAUUCUAUACUUAGAGUAAAGAUGCCGUUGUAUUUGGCAAACUCUCUACUAUGGGAAGCACGGGUGCAUUGCUCUUUACCACUUGCUACUUGGGGGGGGGGGAGGGGGGACUAUGGGUAACUUACUCUGCACAAACUUGAUGUGCUUGAAAAUUGAAAAAUCAAGGAAGUAAAAUUGUGAUUGGUUCUCUCCUUUGUUUCGACGGAUUUCUUCGUGCCAUCAGGAUCCCUCACCAGUCUCUAGCUCGAGUCAAUAGGCAAUCACACCCGGAGUAAACGACAUUAAAGAAUGAAUAAUAAAAUACAUGGAUCAAUUUUAGUACUGUCUUAUCUGUGAUACAGUAGUCCACUUUAGAAAGAUGUGCACGUAAUUCAUAGCGCGAGUUCCCAAUUUAAACAAUACAUUAUUUUACACAAAGUGCAUAAUUGUAUGUUUAGGGUUAUUAUCAAGCCGCGAGAGAGUUAUUGAAUGAGGCGAAUACAUCAGCGUUGGUGAGUGUCUUUUAGAUACUGUUGAAAAUAUCAGGAAUCAGGCAGGAAUCAACCUGCGACCCUGCGAUUCCGGUGCAGACUGAACUAUAGAGACUGAGACAGUUGUCGAGCUCUAAUCAACUGAACUAUAGAGAGACAGUUGUCGAGCUCUAACCAACUGAGCUACAGAGAGACAGUUGUCGAGCUCUAACCCAACUGAGCUACAGAGAGACAGUUGUCGAGCUCUAACCAAAAAGUUCAUGUAUAAAUACAAAAUAUUCAUCCGUACAUUGGCAUCACUUUAGUGUUUAUACAUGAACGUGUGGUUAGAGCGCCAGCCUCGUACCCAGGCGCAAAUAACGUACUAAAAAUCUGAGCUACAGAGAGACAGUUGUCGAGCUCUAACCACAAGUUCAUGUAUAAAUACAAAAUAUUCAUCCGUACAUUGGCAUCACUUUAGUGUUUAUACAUGAACGUGUGGUUAGAGCGCCAGCCUCGUACCCAGGCGCAAAUAACGUACUAAAAAUAGCAACACUACAGUGUUUUUAUAUAGAUCAGUGGCUAAGAUGAGCGAGCGCGCGGGGGUGCUUGGGGUACGUUAUUUGCGCCUGGGUAUGAGGCUGUUAGAUCGCAACUGUCUGAUCUCUCUAAUACAUAAUGCUUUUUCCCUUCGCUUCGGUGUCGGUAUUAGAGAGGAGCGACUGUAUACCGUUUGAUACGUCUGUGAAGAUUGUGAAGAACUGACAUCCUAACUAAGUCUUCGUUCUGUGUUUUUCAGGCGUUUAAUGAUCAAAGAACCCGUGCUGAAGUUUUGUACUACCUUGCGUUACUUGCUUAUCAAGAGUCCAACUGGCAACAAUCGAUUUCUUUACUAAAGGAGAUACAGGUAUACCUUGAGCUGAAUUGUAACUUAUAACCUAGGUUUAUUAUACAGGGGACGGUUGUUCAAAAGCCGGUCAGCUGAAUCCAAGGUUAACAGAAUCUUCACAGCAAUCUUCCCAACUGCUUGUUUAUAAACAUGGGUAUAUUUUUACAGAAAUCUUGUCUGGAUCAUUUUCGGAAGUUUUGAAAUAUACAGACACGCGCGGAAAUACUAAUCCAGCUUCGAACAACCAGUCCCAGUAUGUUAAUGCACUGAGAGGGUUUCACCGAUUGCACGACACAGGUCUCUGAAGGUAUACAGUUUAAUAUCGCAAAGCUUUAUAUUUUAACAUUUGCCUCUUCUCUUUCUCUUAGAAUUUUAAAGUCGACCAAAGAUUUUGGCUUAAGACAGUUCUUCUCCUGGUAGAUGCUAUAUGUGAAAAGAAGGACAAACAUGAUCCACAGGGGACUCGAGUGGAUAUUACAACCAAACGCAAGGUAUAUGAUCUGGCCACUAUAGAAGGGACAACGACUUAACAAUCUGGAACUAAUUAAAUGCGUAUUUGAAGGUAUAGAGUCUUUGAGUGUCCGCUCGUUUUCAUCAUGUAUUUAUGUUUAUUCAGGCAAUUAGGAUUCUUAAACAAUCGCUAGCGACAUUCAAGCUUCUUUGUCAAGACAGUCCAAACAAAGCAUGUAUGGCUGAGUAUGUUACUGCUAAACUACAAGCAAAGUAAGUGAGCUUCAGUUUAACACCAUCGUCUGUGAAAAAAUACCGGGAAAGCAAGUUAGGACUGUAGUUGUUCGCAUGUAAAGUGUCCUAAAUAAGAUGCGGAACUUGAAGAAGGCUACUGCAGCCAGCAUCAUGUGAAUGUAUAUCCUUAGAGAGAACCCAACGGGGAAUUCUUUCUCCCGCCAUAUUCCUCCAGAACCAAGUCUCCUGUUGAGGAUGGGUAGGAGGGUACGAGACAGACAUUCCAAUAGUCUUCCAGCUCUCUAAGAGCGUUUCCAGCGUUUCUCUAAUUGUAUAAGAGAAACGCUCUAAGAGGAAAUGUGGUCCUACAUAGUUCUGUGAUGUCUGCGCCUGCGAUGUAGGCGACAGAAAAUGGCAUUCCAGACACCAACGAAAUUGCACGUUUUUACAUUGGUAUACCGUCCAAUCCGUUAGCUGUCUCUUACCCACAGUAUGGCCUCUAACUUCGUAUAGAGGACAAACAAGCAUGCCUGCCACCAAUUGAUCAGUGAAACUUUGUUGUUUGCAGGUUGGGUAGUGUUUGUGCUAAACAUGUCUUUGAUGAAACAAAUGAGAUGUCUUACUUGGACGAAGCUUGUGAGGUAAACCUUUGUCAUUUCUUGUUUGUCAUCAAUUCGUCUCUACCGUAGUUUGUUUCUGAGUUACCUGAAAAAUUUAAAAAUACUUCGACGUUUGUAGUGAAGAUCUUAGUCAGGAAUUGAGUAAGAAGUAAAGAGCCAUAACCCAAUAAGCUAGAAUGGCCCUAACUCAAGUUUUAGGGAGAACAGCUUAGAACUGAUGUUUAGAACUGAUAGAGCUAUCCAGUUUUAAGCAUUUCAUACACAAAUUCACGGCAAGUAAAGAGAGGUGAGUACACUGGACCACCACGUUUGAGAUAUCUUUUUCAGGUAGUUCAGACACAAACCAGCAGCUUAUUGUAGAAUACUAUCUAUACACUAUAUAGACCACCACGUUUUAUAGGUAUCUUUUUCAAGUAGUUCAAACAACAGCGGUUUAUUGUAGAAUUCUACCUACACUUGACCACCACGUUUGAGAUAUAUUUUUUAGGUAAUUCAGACACAAACCACGACAGCUUAUUGUAGAAUACUACCUAGUGCGCACUGGAUCCCCACGCAUGAGAUAUAUUUUCCAAGUAUUUCAGACACAAACUACGGCUGUUUAUUGUAGAAUACUACCUAUACACUGGACCGUAGUUUGAGAUAUAAAUUCUUGUGUCUUGAAUGAAUUGCUUUUCAUAUUUUUAUCUACAGCGUCUUCGAAGCAGUGAAGUUUCUUUGCUAUCUUGUGGUUAUAAACAAGAAGCAAUUGAUGCGAAAUGUGAAAGAGCAGCGAUAUUGCGACGUCUGGCUGCAAACAGUAAGACUAAGGCUAAUAGAAGGAAGCUUUAUCUUGAAGCUUUGACCUUACUAAGCUCUGCAGUACGCUUGUGUGACGUGUUAUCAACGGAGAUUGCGUCUCUUUGCUCGCCUGAAGAGGUUUGUUUUCAGUGUAAAAUAGAUAAUUGGACAAGUACUGGUGUAAGACAUUGUGUGGUUUAAUUUAUUGAUUUUUUUAUUUUAGUUUUGUCAUGUGAGUCUGCCAGUAGAAAGAGCAAGUGUUGAAUGUAAGUUAUGUUUUGGUGAACUUGCUAUUGACAUUAUGAAUGACGAUGCUGUUGAUGACAGAAUGAGGAGAAAUAAAGAAGCAAGGAAGGGCAGUGUUGAAAAGGUAGAACUCUAUACAAACGUAAAUAAUGUAGCGUUAAUUACAGGAGCGGAUCUAGCGUCAUCUGCAAGGAGAGGUGCAGGUUUUCCAUGGGGUGGUGCAUGAUGGAGCCUUACUGCCCACUCUUCUCUGUAGUCUGCAAGGCUACUAUCCCAACAUUACCAUUAUUUGAGAUGGCCGAAUCUGCGUGUUCGCCGUUCUUUUACGUUUUACACUAUCUUUUGUUUAUAAAAUUUAUGUCGGCUUUUUAUCACGUAUGCGUGACUGGACAGUUGCUGUAGCAAAGGAAAGUAAAUUUUCUUGUUAAAGUACAGUAUAUUUGAAAACAUGGCUGUAUAACAACCUCAACAUGUUUACAUAUUUAACCAUGAUAUUUAACUAAAGCAUUCUGAGUAUUUUCUCGUGAGCUCUCAAAUCAAUUAAAUUGUUUCAAGAAAUCGACACGCGCUAACAGAGAAGUUCUGCUAAUCACUAUUCUAAAAGCAGAAAAUGUAUGGUCAAGCAGAUUUUUUAGGGUGGUGCUGAACUUCUCUGGGGGGAGGGGUGUGCUAGAGACCGCUAGGUGGGGUGCGAACCCCCUGCACUCCACGAUAUAUCCGACCCUGGUUAAUUAUUCUGGUUAUUAUAAUUUUUCGAGAUUUGUUUCUUACUUCUAAUUUUUGAAUAAAAACUAUUUUUAUGUUUUAUGCAGUUGAUUGACGCGUUCGUUCAAGAUGAGCCAGUUAUGACGGAACAAGAGAAAAAAUGGUUUUCUGUAACGAGGUCAGUAGUGAAGUAGUUUAUUGGUCUUGACUGAAAAGUGUCUGGAUGUGGUUUAACGUGACGUCGGUAUCUCUGAUCAUGGUCAGUAUCUCUGACGUCCCUUUACCUUGGGUAACCUGCGAUCAGGCGUUCUUGGGGGAUCGCAGGUUUACCUUUUGGGGUACUUUGCGCGCUUCUUUAUUCUUCCUUCGUUCUGCUAGCUUGCAACAACGGUUUGCCCUUUUCCCACCCGUUUUUCAUUGAUUUAUGUAAUAGAUGUAAUAUAUGAACAACGAGAGCGAGUGUUUCACCGGGAUAUCCAAACACGAGAAAACAAUGUAUGAAAACAUACAUUAGCUCUGUUUUUACCCCUUCGCCCUUUUCCCACCCGUUUUUCAUUGAUUUAUGUAAUAGAUAUGAUGUAGUCCUGUUUCGCCAUUGCUCUUUGUCAGUUUUGCCAUAACUAAUCGCCAGUUUUGCAUAACUAUUUGCAUAUGUUUGCCAUGACUGUUUGCGUGAUGUUUUGCCAAUUUGCGGUUGCGUUCUUUGCCUACAAGAUUAACUAGUUUUGUUCACCAGCGGUACCCACCUCCAAACUCAAAUGCACAUAUACCCUGUCGUUAAUCUCCUGAAAGUAAAGUUGGUUGAUUGAUUGAGCGAAAGUAACAUAACUUGUUAAUUUGUCGUUAGUGACUGGUUUCUGAUGAAUUGUUAAUAUUUGUUAUAGGACUAUUGUUGAUGAAACUCUAGUUCACGUGACAGCUGCCUUCAAUCAAUGUGUAUCUAUACCUUAUCUCAAGGCAAAAGUAACUAUCUAUUUUAUGUCAUUGUAUUUUAUGUAUGAUACUCACUACUGCAUUUCGUGGUUUUUGGUUGGAAUUAUUGAAAAUGAUAACGAAAGCCACCGCAGCUUUUUGUAGAAUACUACAUAGACUGGACCCUCGUGUUGGAGAUGAUAUGUGUGUUUAUUGUGUCAAUUAUUUUCUCUAUAGUGUUAUCUUGUACUUGGUCAAUGUUUACGAACCUUAGCAAGCUACCUUAACCCAGAUGAUGAACCACAGUGGAGUAUUGAACAGGCAUGUUAAUAAUAUUUAACUGCAUGCUAUAUACAGACGCUCAUGUUGUAAAUAUAGUAUAUAAUGAGAUAUCAAUGGUCUAUGCCACUGAGCAACUGAUCUUAAGUCUAAUGAUUGUGGGAGUCUAACGUUGCAGGUGAAAUUAAACGACUGUCUCCAUCAAUUAUGCGUUUGUAGAUUUCCCCAGUAGAAACAACCGGAGAACAAUUCCAUCCAUCAUCAGUGGACGAUGAAAAUGCUGAAAACGAUCCUGAAGAGGAGACGGUAGAACAAAAUUCAAAUGAUUUUAAAACUGCAUCAAAAAGGGCCAACGUUGCAGAACAAUUGAAAGUAGGUUAUGUUCAUUCAUACAUAUUAUAUAGAAAUCAGUGUACUCUUGAGUUCUACCUUGGCGAAUUUUCACCUUUGAAGCGAGGGCUCUUGUCAGGAGGUCACUAACUUCCUCGUCGAAACAACAUUAACCUUCUUCGCACUGUUAAUUUAACUAGAGUUAUUUUGAACAAAUUAAUCUCCAGAUGUGGAGUAAAAUUUGGUUCAAAAUAGUUUACUAGUUUAGUUUUAUAUUGAGUUUCUCGGUGAGCGGAUUUUCCAACAGGCUAUUGCUCAAUCGAUAGGGGAUCCGAGGUACCUACGAUUUAACGUCCUUAUCUGAGAAAUCGCGAACGUCUAGCCAUUUACUGAUGCCAAUGUAAAGGUAGCUCUUUUUCAGAGUUCAAUAUAAUUCUCAAAACUUUGUCUGACAUUGUGUCAGACCAACCCAUGUUUUGGUCGGACAUGAUCGGACACUUAGUUAUUCUCAAGAGGGAUGUCGCCAGUUGUCACAGUACUAGAAACCAAAACCGUAACAACUACCAAAAGUCCAAAACCAUAUGCGUACAUGGGCGUACCGGAAGGAAAAAAUUAGGGGGGCGGAAAGAAAUUUGCCCGACUUUUACGGAUUGUGCCCGACCAGUGCCGAAAUUUUUUUUUGAUGAGGAACAAUUAAUUUUGGCGACCUCCACUCCCCCCCCGUCGCCAAAAGAAUUUCGGUCAGUGUACCAUUUUAGGGGUUCAAAAAUUUUUCGGACAUACCAAAAUUUUUCGAAACAUCAAACAAAUUUUCCAAACAUCACAAAAUUGACAUAAUUUCCCGCAAAAUAGACAGAAUUUGUCCCAUUUAUUUUUAUAAUAACCCAAUAUUGCUCGACUGUGAAGCGAAUAUUGCCCAACUGGCUUUGUUUGCCCAACAAACUGGGGUUAUUAUUAAGAGAGAUUUUAUUGCUUUGAGUACUUUUUUGGCUUUUUAAUUUCCCACUCUUCGCCCGACUUAUGUUGAACAUUUGCCCGACUUUUCGACUUUGUAAUCUUUUUGGGGGGCAGCUGCCCCCCCCCCGUCCCGUACGCCUAUGUAUGCGUAUGCAUAAGGUUAACAAAAUUACACAAUAUCAACGACAACUUACUCGAGAUUCUGUGAUUGUCUAGCAGACGGAAUCUUCGUUUGCAUGUGUUAAAGAUUACAGAUUUUGUUAAAAAGAUUUGAAACAAUAAAGGAAAAAAAUAUUCAAAUUAAUAAAACAAAACGGUCGGCCAUAAUGUCCGUGCAGCGGAGUAAUCAGUGCACGGCCAUAUCAGCAUUUUGCUCGGCUAAUGGCCGGUGGCCGACCGUUAUAUUGAUCCCUGCUCUUUCUCCUAAGUUAUAUGAAGACCUUGACAGGGGCGUAGGAAGCUUCUAAAAGUUGGGGGCAAGCUUUGAGGGCACUUUUCGAAUAAAAAAGGGCAUCUAAAAUUUUUUUCCCGGAAAUGUUGGCGACGGGGGGGAGUUAUCUCAAAAAAAUUUUCCGGACAUACCAAAAAAAAUUUUCCGGAUAUACCACAUUUUCUCCUAAAUAUGAAAAAAAUUUUCCGGAUAUACCACAAAAUUUUCCGGAUAUACGAUAUUUUUCCCCGAAAUGAAAAAAAUUUUCCGGAAAUAACAUAGAUUCAAGUUUUCAAAAGUGCCCUUUGGGCAUAAAAUGCAAUCUUAAUUACAUUCUUCACGCAAGAAAAGGACACUUUGCUCUUUGCUCUCGAAAAAAGGGAGGGCACUUGGCAAAUCUUGGGGGGCCAGGCCCCCCUGCCCCCCCCCCGGUUCCUACGCCCCUGGACCUUGGGUAGAGGUCCGACCAAGGAUUGAACCCUGGUCUCCCAGCUUGGAAUGCAAGUGUGGUGACCACGUCACCACAUGUGCUGGUUAUAUUAACCGAAGUUAAAUUAAUUCCCUGACAGGUAGUUCACAUACAACCACGACAACUUACUGCAGAACAAAAUAUUCGUUUUGUUGAUAUUUUAGUUUGAAUACAAAGAUUGUCAGCAAACUAUCACUCAGGCUGUGGAAUGUCUCACUCAGUGUGUGCAACUUGCCCUAAAGCAUGGAUAUAAUGUAAGCAUUGAAAUGAAUAUAUAACUGGAACGCUACCUUCAGAUAAACUGCCUAUCUGAAAACAAAAAUACGAGACCGUAAUGUUAGACAGGUUCAGAUUUGACGUCCAAUACCGCUACCAUUACGGGACCAUUAUCCAAUCAGAUACGUUUGAUACAUCCUAUUAACCAAUCAGAUACGUUUGAUAUAUCCUAUUAACCAAUCAUAUAUGUUUGAUAGAUCCUAUUAACCAAUCAGGUACGUUUGAUAUAUCCUAUUAACCAAUCAUAUAUGUUUGAUAUAUCCUAUUAACCAAUCAGAUACGUUUGAUACAUCCUAUUAACCAAUCAGAUACGUUUGAUAUAUCCUAUUAACCAAUCAGAUACGUUUGAUAUAUCCUAUUAACCAAUCAGAUACGUUUGAUAUAUCCUAUAUUAACCAAUCAGAUACGUUUGAUAUAUCCUAUUAACCAAUCAGAUACGUUUGAUACAUCCCAUUAACCAAUCAGAUGCGUAUGAAGCGAGUGAGAGGUAGUUGUAGUCAAACCUGAACCUCUCUACUGUCGUAUACCUCCAGUACAUAAGUACGCGAUACCUGCUACUCCAAAUUCUAUUGGAAACCCUAGUUAUAAGUCUCUCUACCUUAUUCAGUUGCUUCCAAAUACAAGACUAUAUACCAUAUUCAUGAAAUCUCUCGUUCUGAUAACUGGUGGCUGACCACCAUCUACCACACGAUAGUGCUAACAUACAGGAUGUGGUCCUUCCUUUUUUUUAGGAAAUUGUAUCAGAAGGCAGUUAUCUCCUCGUGGAUAUCAUUGGUCGACAUGAUAUGUCAACUUCCAAUUCCUAUUUAGCUUUAUACCAGGUAAUGAAGAAAUUUCUGACCCUUGCUUUUCUCAUUGACAUGUUCAUGUUUAGUAGCGAAUAUAUAUUUUAUACCGUCAUAUUUUUUUAUUUUAAUGUUUUAGAUUUGAAAUAUUUUCGACUGAUGUAUAUUGCACAUAUUUGAAAAGUGUUUUGAAAGAGAAAUUAAGACGUAUUAUGUCUGUAUCGACCAUUUUAAAGACCUCUUUCCUAGCUUCAACUAGUGAGAAGAGCUGAAUAUUACACUCGUAUAAAUAUAUAUUCAUGUAUUGUUUGUUAAACUUUAUUGAGUACAAAUUAAUUCAACAAUUAUUUAUCUAACAUACAAUUAAGAGCUGUACUCAAACGGACAAGGCACAAACUGGACGUAAAGUCCAUUGCAUGGUGCCCCUCCUUUUCCUAACAUAAACCUUUUAAUUAAUUCACAGUAUACAGUACAGGGUGUCCCAAAAAAAAAAACCCCACUGAAACAACGCACUGCCAGAAUUCGAACGGCCCAGCACCAACUGAACGCAAAGAUACGUAAAUAUGAUCGACAUGAUGCAUAUAAUAUGAGUAUUGAAGAAAUUAAAAUAUCUUUGUAAGCUCAUGAUUAUCUGCUCUUUGGAAUUUAAAGCAACUUCUUAAACAGUUUCUUUAUUCGUAAAAUUUACUUUUGUCAAGCUUUUAUGCAUUUAUAGGUUCAGCAGAGUGCUAAGGCAAUUCAAUUCCCAAGCAACACGCCAUCUCAACAGCUUUGGUCCCCUCUGGGGCACCCUGUAUAACAUAUUUACUUAAUAAAUAAAUAUUAAUAUAAUGCAUGCACAUUAAUUUGAUUAGUUAAGUUAGUUUAUUAUUUGUGACAACCACAAUCACGUUUAAGUGACCAGGUGCAAGUCAUGUCCGGAUCAAAUACUAGUUCCAGAAUAUUCUUAUACCUCAUCUUGAGGUAUAGUUUGAAAGACGAUGGCGAUGUAAAACUGGAAGGAUCAAUCGAGACACAAACACUGUUCCAUAAUUUGACAACACGAUUAAAAUACGACGAACUGUACGUACAAGUUUUACACAACGGAGUUUCUAAGUAUUUGGAUCUCAAUGCUCUACGUGUCCGUCCAUGAUUGACAAAGUUAACAAAAUUUGAGACAUCAAUGUCAAUAUAUCCGUUCACAGCCUUAUAAAAAAAUACUAAGUCUUUGACCUCGCGAUCAUACGCAAGAGGGAGCAUAUCCAGUUGCUGAAGUCUCUCUUUGUAGGAUAGUUCACCGGCUUUGACGCGCAAGAUCCAUCUCGUAGCACGUCUCUGAAUCUUCUCAGCCUUUUGUUUCAAUAAGGAACUUGCUGGAGACCAAACCUCAGUCGCAUAACUUAACUUGGACCUAACCAACGUCAAAUAGAGAGUCUUUCGAACACUACUGUCAAUAAUUGAAAUACAUGUUCGCUUUAAUAGACCGAGUAAUUUGUUAGCUUUCGCACAAAUGCAGGUAAGAUGUGAUUCCCAUGACAAAUUCUCGGUAAUGAUCACCCCGAGAUCUUUUUCUUCGUUUACUCGAAGUAACUUAGUAGAAUCCAUAUGGUACUGAAAAUGCAAUGGAUUGACCUUGCGUGUUAUGGACAGAACUUUGCACUUUGACGCAUUAAAGUUCAUGUUAUUUUGAUAACUCCAAGAACCAAGUUCUGUUAAAGCGUCUUGUAAUUUCUCACAGUCACCGAUAGUUGAUACGUUCCUGUAGAGUUUGGUGUCAUCUGCGUAAAGUCCUGUAGAGAUAUGUAUGUGUCCUAUCUGACUAAUUACUAUAAUAUAUGUUUUCCAGAGUUGUUCAAUGGCACAAACGUUGCAUUCACUUGUGAAGAGCAUUCAAACAGAUAGUUCUUUAUCUCGUCUUGCUGCUAUCAUGAAACAGAGAGAUAUUUUAGCCAGGAAAUUUCUUCAUCAAGAUACUGUGUCCUCGGUUCUCGCUUCAACAACUCAAACUUUGGGAGAAUUUGAGGUAAUUUCAUGCAGCAAUUUGGUUGAGGGUCAUGUCAGGGAAUAUUGAGGGUGUGAAUAUAUGUAGACAUUGCAAUGUUGUUUUUCUUCCUUCAGACUUGGCGUCGUUUAAGUAUCUCAAAGAAUCAUCUCGAUCUUGCAAAGGAAUUAUCCAGUCCUGGUACCCUGUAUCUGGUUCUCCAACAUUCCAAAGAUAAGUGAGUCCCCCCCGUCUAAUAAGCUUCUACUUCUGGAGCCACACUCUCAAAUAUUCUCCCUGUCUAAUAACCCUCCCUUCGGAGAGGAACAAACGUAUUCUCUGUAUUAUCCUCGUUUCCCACCUUGCAUUUGCCGUUCACGUUAAGGUUACAGGACACCCUUUUUGGCGUUUUGCGGAAAAUCGCUACUGCGCGCUCAAUAUCAGUCCGAUUUUAAUCAAAUUUUCACCAAAUGUUCUCCAGUGCAUGCAAAAUAUGGUAAAGUUGUAAAAUUAACAAACAAUAAAAUAAUGUAAGAAUUAUUCAGGAAAAUCUUAAAUCGCGGUACCGUUACGCUUUUGAGUUGUGCUCCUGCUGGUUUUAAGUUAUAUUUAUGAAAAUAUCAUUUUUAUACAGUAAAAUAGUUGUUCUAAAAAAUUGUGUUCGGAAAUUUUUGUUUAUUUCGUCAUUCCGCUGAUAUGGCGAUUUCUUUGACGACUGCAAUAUAUUUCUGAAUUGUUUGAGUGAAUUGCUCUUUAUUAUUAAAAUAUCCAAAAUUAAAAAAAAGCCGAACACAAUUUUGAAACCGACGUCUUUAGCUAUGUCCUGUGAAAAUUUGAGAAAAAUUGGUUAAAACCCGCAGGAGCACAACUCGUUUGAAAAUCAGUAAUUACCGUAAAAUUUUUCGGGAGAAAAUUGAAUUUGAAUAUUACAUUUUCAAUGUUUUUCUUAUUGCAGCGAAAUGUAUUUUAUUAAAUAACUCUGCGAGUUUUCAACAUUUUUCGUCCAAACUUGGUCAGAUAGUAGAACUAGUCUAAUGCUUUCAUGGAAACCAAUAAAAAAAAUUUAGGCAAAAUUAACACUCAAAGGUGUUCUGUAACCUUAACGCCCGUUUACACGUGCAAUUUGCAUGUGAAUGAGUUAUGAAUGUCCAGAUGAGGGUACAUACACUCAGAACAUUCAUAACUCAUCUUCUCGUUCACAUGCUUCAGAAGAAGAAAAUCACACUGGAAAUUGCAGCAAAAAAUUGCAAGUGUAUGCGGGCCUUUAAUUCACUAUGUUACUUGCUGUGUUUCGACUAAAUCAAUACACCCCCUCUCUAUUAAGCACCUCAAACUUGCCUGAAAUAAAUCAAUCCUCCGGGGACAGUUGUUUAAAGCUGGAUUAACGCUAACCCAUGUAUUUCUGCACGUCAGGGGCCGGUUGUACAAAACUCUUAAUCACUUUUUUAAUCACUAUUUUGUAGUUAAAUAGUGAUAACUCUCAAAUAGGCGCUUCUUAUUGGAUGACGUUUGCACUUAACCAUAGUUAACUUUAAUCACUUUUUUAUACAACCGGUCCCUGUUGAAUUUCAAAACCUCAGAAAAGAAAACUCUGUUGGAAAGUUUGCUUUGAAGUUUAGAUUAACCAAAGGUUAAUCUUAUCGGCUUUGGAACAACCGGCCCCAUGAGGUUAAAUAGAGAUUUAGGGGUAUUGUUAUUUACGUUACAUUAUUACAUUUAUAUCUGCCGUCAGGUAUAACUAAAGUUCGAUAAAUCCUUUUGGCCCAAAUGUGGUGCAUUUUCCCGCGCGUAGUACAAAUUAUACAAAAUUUGCAAAUUUCGUAGGGCCAUAUUUUCCGCAUUUUACAACAAUUCGCGGCCAAACUUUGCAAUUUUACUAACUUUAACAUGCUCUUCCUAGCUGUGGUGAUGGAUUUUGUUCUUCUUGCCUAGAUCAAAAUGUAGUCUGGCUGGAAUCAUCCAUUUAGCUGGAAUCAUCCAUUGUCAAAAUGUUUCAUCUUGUCUUAAAAUAUUUGCUUACAGCUACUCUGUUAUCUUAAGCGUAAUUUGCGCAUUUGAUCAGAUCCAAUUAAUUAAGAGGCACAGUUUCAUGCACUCCUUAUCUUAAGCUAUUUAAUUCCUUAUCGCUAAUAAUACCAAGACGGCAGGCAUAAAAUUCCUAUUCGCAAGCAAAUAUAUUAUUUAUUUUAGAACGUAUCUCUAUGCUGCUGCUCUCGAUAAACCACGUUCAGGCCUCCCCAGCGCAAAGCCAGGAAAACAAGGAACUGUUAAUCCAGGUGAAUAUAGUAUUGUUAAGUUUUGUGACAGGGGCGCCGGAAAGGGGCAGGGGGGCAGCUGCUCCCGUUACCCAAACAGUACUGGGGCAGCAAGUUGCCUUUUUUACCACAUGAAUCACGUUUUGGGGGAAGGGUUAGGGAAAGUGAUAGGAUUAAGAGUAGGGUUAGGAUUAGAGUAAGGGUUAGAAUUAGGGUUAAGUUUAAAAUACGAUAUCAUUACAAACUCCUUGACGGUCAUGAUUUCUUGUGUGUUUUUCAUGAAUUAUUCGCGAGACUUACAAUGUUCAUGUUUUAAAUCUUGUUUCAGCCCCUGCUCCUAAAGCGUUGACAUGUCGGAGCAAAGUGAACCCAGAUGAUUUGAACGAGUUAUUACAAAUGUUCGAAACAUUCCGGGGUGAACAAGCGACGGAAUUGAUUCGACAAAAUUAUUUACGACGUCACGUGGAGGAGACACAAAGCAUGUUGGUUAAUGUUGAUGAUGAUUGUUUGGAUAGAAAUAAGGUAUGGUCCCUCCCCCCGGGGAAAGGGUCUGGGGCUCGGGUUUAACAUCAAUAAAGCAUGUGCAUUGUUGUCUAUAGGACGUUCUUCACAACGAUCUGACGGUAAAAGAAAAAGAAGACAGCCUUCAGGUAAAGUGGAAACACGAACAGUUUAAAGUCUGUCUCCACUUCAAACGGUGGUUUUAAAGUGCAACUAACCCCAAAUAUGAUUUUUCUGGUGUGCGUAAUAUUUGGGUCAUUCUAAGAAGAAAUGUAAUAUAUCUUUAUAUUAAAAAGCCUCAUCUUGAUCAACUUUUUCACUGUCAAAAUGUCUGGAUAUAAUAUUAUUAGGUGAAUUUUUGGACCAAAAAACAAAUGAAAACUAAUUUGCAAUUCAUCUAAUGACAUAUCCGGAAUCAUUGACAGUGAAAAGGUUUAUCAAGAUGAGUUUUUUUUACUAUAAAGAUAUUUAAAAUGACCCAAAUACUACACAUACAAAAAAUAAUAUUUGGGGUUGGUCGCACUUCAAAUUAGGGUGUGAAAAACUUGUCUGCGCCAAUACUAAUCAACUCCUUAAAAUCCUCAGCCACCGCAUCCUGACGUACCGUAAGAAUUAUUUUUGUGUCCAAGUUAACCGUGCUGCUCUAAAGUGCUCCCAAAACAAAGAAAUACGCUACAUUUCGGUACGAUACGGGUGAAGAUGAAAAGAAGGCUUUAUUGAAAUCUUCGUUUAUGACGAUUCUUUUUAUCUAGGGUUUAAAUUUCGUGAUUAUGGUGAUGAAUUGUAAUAUGAUGGAUUGUGAUGUAUUCGUAAUUUGUCAUUAUUUCAAUAUUUCAGAAACAAUAUGUAUCCUUCGUCAAUGCAAUGGAAUCUUACUUAUCUCCUGUACUGGAACAACUCAUGCCUGCUCUGAAGUAAAUAUUGCAAUUUUGAACCUCGACUAUAUUGCUAUGCUAUUGCUUAACUCUAUGAUAUAUAUAGUUAUAACUAUAAUUUUAAUGAGUCGCUUGACUUUCCAUAUUAUUAUCAUCCCAAAAUGACGUCACAAGGAUUAAAGUUAGGAUCAAGGAUUAGAGUUGGAGUUAGCAUUAGUAUUUGAGUCGGGAUUAGGGUUGGUUGGGAUUAGGAUUGCAUUUGGAUUGAAGAGGUUAAUAUGGACGUCUUUAUUUAUUUUGUCCAAUCCAAGUUGGCGUCAUCAAUUUUUUAUCUCACGAUCUGCAGAUCUUUGCCAAACAUGGACCUCAGAAUUGAAAUCUUCAUGCUCAAAUUAGUCUACACCAAAAAUUUCAUGACUGAAAUUCCAGUCAAAUGUGUAGUAAAAACAAAAGUUUCAAAACGCCCUGAAUGUCCAAACAUCAUGAAAUUUUCGAUAUAGACUAAUAGACCUUUCCUGUAAGGGACCGGUCAUAAUGGGAGGGGGGCGGUGGGUGAGAAAAGGGGGGCGGCUUCAACUAUUUUUUCCUGAAUUGGGGCGGCCUCAAACUGAAAAUAUGUGACAAGAGGCAACCCCAAUUUUUUAACACUUUCCUACUCAUUUUCAAUCUCUCGCCUUUAUCGUAUCCCACAAAAUAUUUCACCUUUUUUAGUUCCUAUAAUCGUAGUUUCCAUAGUUUAUUACGUAUAUACAGUUCACCAUAGGAGUCGGAGUAAAUAACAACCAUUUUGAAUACUGGUCCUCUAAUAAUUUAGCCCCUCUUGGCCCCUCAGACUCGUUUUCGUGUAUUAGCUUAUUUCCACAUUUAUUGGUCAAAAUCCAAAAUUCUUUUUAUGCAUGUGUUGAAGAAGGAUGUUCUGCUCCUCUGACCAUAGCCCGUGAGAAACAAACUUAAAAUCCAUUCCAUUUAAGGUGGUCUUAAGGUGGCUCGAUAUAGUUAUCACGAAAACCCUGCUCAAGAAUCGCGAAUUCAAAACCGGGUGACCAUUUUUACGCGCAGGUCGCGGAAACUGAUUAACAAAAUGACAGAACUUCCAAAAUGACCUGACGUAAGCAGCUGCUCGCGCCAUCUCACGUCAUUUCGCGUGUUCUAUAUAGCGUUUUAUGUCAAUUGCUGACGUCAUUAGAAUUUUCCAUUUUAGAAAAACAAUGCGCUAUAUCUCUUUAUUUUGUCUGGUGACCUAUGUUCAAAUUUUGCAUGCUGUAUUGCACCGCUAAAAACUUUCAUUAUACAAAAAAUAAAAAUAUUCUGUAAUGCCAAAAGAAUUUUACCGAAGAAUAUGACAUUUUCGCAUUUUCCAAAAAAAUGGCAUUACAGAAUUUUUUUAUAUUUUGCUAAUUGUUAGCUUUUCGUCCAAGUACAAUAAUGCAAGAAAAAAAAUUGGGGGUCACCAUGCUUCUUUUCCAACUAUACGAGACGAAAGGCCAUUUUGGAGUGUAUUUUGUACACGUAUGUCGUCAUAGCAACGAACUAAAUUAUAUUACUAAAACUAAUAUAAUUUGAAAGUAGAGAUAUCGAAAUAUAUAAAAAACCCAAUAUCUGCUGAAUAUAUUCUAAAAAUGCAUAGUUUGAACAUUUCAAAGUGUUGAACACCUGAAUUUUUGAAAACUGUAUCGAGCCACCUUAAGUUGAAAACAGUGUUAGUCGUGACGUAAUUACCGGAAAGGUCUAUUUGAGCAUGAACAUUUCAAUUCUGGAGUCCAUUUCUGCCAAAUAUGAAAAUGAGAAAUCAAUAACGCGAACUCGGAUCGGAGAAUUUCUAUUUGUUUUGUGUCAGUAACCAUACUUAUGUUGUUUCCUUGAAUAGUGAAAAGGUCAUUCCAGAAACAGUUGUUAUCUUUGCUGAUGAAUAUCUUCUUCGUCUUCCCUUGGAGUCUUUGUCAGUGUUGAAAAAUUCUCCAGCGCAGUGUCUGGCCAGAGAUUUAUCUUUACAAAUGCAUUAUCAUCGUUUUCAUAGCACUGAAGUUUCAGGUAUCAGACUUAUUUUAAAUAACGAUAAUCUACGCCUCCUAUACUGUAUGCCAAGGAGAGGGAUUUACUAGAAACUAACCCUUAGUACCUAACUAGGUACUAACUUGGUUGUAAACCUCUCUGUCUCAGACCAUGUGAUGAGUUAGGCGGCCAUGCAUGCUCACUAGAUGGCAUGCUAGUAAAUUACUCAACGAUGCAUCCUUCAGUCUAAUACCAUGUAGUCUAACAUUAAUGGACCUUUCCCCUUAUAACUAAAAUUUUGAUCUAGACAAGUCUAGACAAAAAUGUCAUCACAGCUUGAAAGAGCAUCACAAAAUUAGUAAUAUUCCGAGGUUUCGUUGCGAAAUGUUGUAAAAUGCGGAUAAUAUAGCCCUGCGAAAUUUGCAAUUUUCAGUCAUUUUGUAUUACAAACGGAAAAUUGAUGCCCCAACACCCGAUUGGGCUGUCAAUUUCCCAUGCGUAAUACAAAAUGACUGAAAAACGGCAAACUUCGCAAGGCUAUAUUAUCCGCAUUUUACAACAUUUCGCAACGAAACUUUGGAAUAUUACUAAUUUCGCGAUGCUCUUUCAAGCUGUGAUGAAAUUUUUGUCUAGAUCACAAUUUUAGUUAUAAGGGGAAAGGUCCAUUAACAAUUUGUCAACAGGUUAUGAGUGACAAGCUUGUAACAACUUGAUAAAAUAACAGCAUUGCUACAACUCGUUGACAAGCUUGUCACAAGCUUGUUACGAACACAUCCUGUUACGUGUGUGCACGAGCUACAGAAACAUGCAGCAAACGAAAUAAAUCUAAAAUGUGUGUUUUAGGUUCAGAAAGUGGAAAUGAAACAAAGAAACCUGGAGGCAAAAAGGCUGGCAAAGGAGAGCCUCCAACUACAGCAAAAUCUCAAGACAAGAAGGGAGAAAAGAAGGUUUAUUAUUUUGCAUACCGCAUUAGUUUCGAAGCUCUAGCGUAG